AUGUUCCCUCCAUGCACAUCUUCAUCUACUUUCUUGGGUCUCACUGCAUUUUCCAUGGCAAGUAUCAGUCCGAACACAGAGAUGAGAGAACCACAAAAAAUAGGCAUGCAUAACAGCAAAACGAAUAUGAUUGUGCUGAUCGCCAAGGGCGGUCCUCGCGCUGCCUUUUCCCGGGGUCAUCCGCCACGAACAAACCCUUGA